AUGGCCUCUGCUUGCGCAGGGGUUCUCACCCUGGACAGACAGCCGGAUCCCAAGAAAUGCGCACCUGGGACGUCUCUAUUGCCCAAUCCUAAGGCCUCUGUUCCCGCCGCCCCCUUAACCACGUCUGGCGAAGGGGAUUGGAAGGUUGUUGGCAAGGGGAAGAGGAAAGCGAGUCCGAACACGCAGCAGAGCGGCGACGUCUCCACACCCGACGGCAGUGGGGGUGAUGCCUCGGCCCCAGCUCCCAGGACGGAUCAUUCGCCGUCCACUAAGAUCCAGCGCGUCAAGGAGGUGAUGGCUGACUUAGAGAAGCAGCUGGCCCAACCAGAACCAACACCACGACCAACACCGAGAAAAUCAAUACCACGACCAACACCGAGACAAUCGACACCACCACCAUCACCGAGACCAACAUCAGCAAGACCACCAUCACCAUCACCAUCACCAAAGACUGUUAGCCCCCCAUCCUCUGCCCCACCUUCCCCGACCAAAGCAAAGACUCUGCCACCGCCUCCAAGAGCCCACUCGACAUCCCCCCCAAAAGAGGGCCACAACUCCGGUGCACAAGGGGGAAACUCCUACAAAAAAAGACUUUGCUACACCGGGGAAGAGACUGAGAAGCCCCUCGGAGGAUGUCGACGGAAAGAGGCGGAAGGCGAAGCUCUUGGCUCUGUGGAGGGGGGCAAUCCCCCCCUCUCUCUCUCUCUCUCCCACAACAAAGAAGGCGCAUUUAAACUGAUCCGCGGGGAAGGCAGCAGAGGACUAUGUAUCCACCUGCAUCGGGCGGGUUGGGUGCCCACUUCUCGGCCACUCCUUUGCCCCGUCGAUGUGGCCCGGUGCCUGGCUCCACUCGCGCAGCCUCUUUUCCCGUACUAG